GGAUCUCUUGGAACAUACCUUUUAAGACCUUCUGACAGAGGACGUAUGUUUGUACUGUCGAUGUUGGUUCCAGACAAGGAAUUCAGCAGAGCUCGUGUCGCGCACAUUCAAAUCAAGUCACACAGUGGAAGGCUAUAUAUAUCUUUAAGAAGACAUUUCACUGACAUAUUCGACCUUAUUCAUUUCUAUAAGUGUACAGCUGACGAACUUCCUUGCAAACUUAAGAAACCAGCUCCGAGGAAAAAUCCUGUAGUAUAUCCCAGGAAAUUAGAACUUGAAAGGGAGUCUGUUACUAUAAUCAAGUCAGUCAAAGUUGGUGAAUAUGGAGAGCUAUUUACCGGUAAGUUGUUCAACACAUUCGAUGUAACUAUCGUGACAAAGUGCAAACUGGCGGUGGACCAUUUCUUAACAGAAGCGAAGGACAUUUACACAUUCCAGCAUUCCAGACACUUUGUAAGAAUGUUAGCUGUGAUAAUAAAACCUGAACCAUUUAUGAUUGUACUCGGAGAGACGGUUCGCUGUACGUUACAAACAUACCUGCGGAGAGAUAGAGCAAACACUAUAACCUUGAAGUCUUUGACUAAAAUGGCUAUUGAGAUUGCUGAUGGUAUGGCGUUUUUAGAGAAGGAAAAAAUUGUUCAUAGACAUUUAAAUGCUGAAAAUGUGUUUGUAUGUGAACUGAACGAAUUGAAGAUAGUACAUCCAAAGUUACCAGGGCUGAUGAAAGCUAGUGGAAAUGAUAAACAUUUAAAAGGUGAAAAUGAAUGGCGAUGGACUGCACCAGAAGCAAUAGCUGACGAAGAUAAGUUUAGCGCAAAAUCGGACGUGUGGUCUUUUGGGGUAUUGUUGUAUGAACUCAUCACGUUUGGAAAGACACCAUAUGCAGGUCUGGUUGAAGAAGAUACGAUAAGACGUUUACAUGAAGGAUUCAGACUACCGGAGCCCAAGGGCGGUCCUAAAUGUUGUCCUGUCGCUUUUUAUGUUACAAUGCUAGAAUGUUGGCAUCGACGUCCGGAAUGUCGUCCAACAUUUGACUUCCUCGGAGAAUUUCUUCAUGAUUUUAAUGUUGCUGUGGAAUCUGAAAUUCGUUUAGAACGUGCCGAUAUACAAGACUUAUACAAGAAAGGAACUUUGGCAGAUGAAGAAGUGUCAAAUGAAGUGCCAGCAGAUUUACACAUGCUGACAGAAGAACAAGAGUCGAGUGAAGAGCAAGCAGAUUUUGACAUGCAUACUUAUGUAAAUGUCAGUAGUGUCAUAAUGUUCGGUGCCGAUAUACAAGACGUAUACAAGAAAGGAACUUUGACAGAUGAAGAAGGGCCAAAUGAAGUACCAGCAGAUUUACACAUGCUGACAGAGGGACAAGAGUCGAGUGAAGAGCAAGCAGAUUUAGACAUGCAUACUUAUGUAAAUGUCAGUAGUAUCAUAAUGCCCGACAAACGAAUAGAUUCACAGAAGUCACAGAAGUCUGAGCAAAAUAUAGGAACCACAGCGCAAACUCCGCUGAGAAACAACUCUGGAAAGCCUGAAAUAACUGGUGGGUUUGAUGUGAAAGUCUUAUUCGAAUAUGAAGCAGAAGAAGACUACGAGAUAUCCAUUUACUCGGACGACAUUAUAACAAAUGUGGAUCCAGCAGACGGAGGUUGGUGGAUAGGAACAACAGCAAAUGGUACACGCGGCCUAUUUCCAUCAAAUUUUGUGGAAAUAUUUGAAAACACAUAUGCUGAAGUAACAAAACUAUAAAGAAAUUGAUGAUACUUAUGACUGAGACAGUUGAUAACAUACAAAUUAAAGCUGUUCACACUUAUGAACAAAUAAUAGAUUAUUUUUAUGCAAAUAUGUCAGUGAUAUUGGUUAUUAUCUAAUUUGUAGUGACGUUAUCAGAAACUUUGAUUAACGGAGUCCUUAAGCUUAUGGUCGCGGACUCGUUAUGACACUUUGUAAUUUCCUUGUGUUAAGGUAUUCACGUGUACCUAUUCGACAUUAUUAGAUCGUAAAUAUACAUGUACCUCAAUGAACAUGCCGAAAUAGCAUACGGGGAUCACGUAGAUUGCCGAUUAUUAAUGUAGGUCCACUACCUGAAGUUAUAUUUUGUAACAACUUUCAACUCAAAAUAAAUCUAAACCAUUAAAUGUAUUGUUUGUUCCCAAAUGUACUACACAACUGUUAGCCCUGUGGAGCUAGUAGAUAUUUAAAGAAAUGUUUUAUUGCGUGAACGAAAACAAUGGUGUCACAGAAACUGGUGUUUGUAUGAGAUUUGAUAGCACAUAUAACUAAUAUUGGACAGAUUCUUGAAGAAAGAUUUGUAGACUUUUUGUUUCUUUUAAUUUCUGAUAUAUCGUUCCUUCUAUCAUUAUUUCAGUUUUGUCAUUGUUUACUGACUUUUAUUUCAUUUUCAUUAAGCUUAGACGUAUAUUUUCCGAAUGUUGUUAUGAAAUUUGCUUUUAGUUGCAUAUGCUGUAUGUCUGUGACUUUUUUGAUAUACAUUGAAAUCGUUAUAUGACAAUAAAGAUUUGUAUA